AUGGCUGAUGCGAGUACUAAGCCAAAGAGAACGAGGACGAAUGUUAAACAGUCCAAGUUUGGCUGUUUCACCUGCAAGGCGCGGCGAGUCAAGUGUGAUGAAGGCAAGCCGGCUUGUCGGCGGUGCUUGAUCUCGAAGCGAGAAUGCCUAGGGUAUCCCAGAGGUGCAUAUCCAGACUCGGGUAACGCUGAAUCAACUACUUUAUCGAUUGUGUCCGCCUCUUCUUCGCCCUCAGACUCCUCAUCGCCGUCGCCUGCAGCGGUCACAUCAACGUUGAGAUCGCUCGCUUUCAACCCAUACUCCCUCUCGAGUCCCUUUGUCGACCUCGCCUGUACGGUUCUGGUCCAAAGUCCCCGUCGUGCACGAAACAACGUCGAGCAAACGUUCUGGUCUCGCACCGUACCCCAAUUGGCCCAGUCCAUCCCAUCAGUGCGCGCCGCCCUCGAAGCGUUCGGCACGUCCUACAGCGAAUAUGUCCUCAGAGUCACAUCCCCACGGCCAGGUUUAGAAACCACCAAGCGUUACUCAAAGGCUUUGAGAAUGGUGCAACAAGACCUUAUCACCCUGCCGAAUGGUCCAACUCCAUGUGUCGUUGCCUGUCUGUUUCUCGCGUUUGUUGAGGCUUUGCAGCAGAGACUUAACAAAGCUCUUGUGCAUCUGCAGGGAACUUUCUCCCUUAUGAUGUCACUGACUGAUAAACAACUCCUCGACGAGGUUGAUACCGAUAGUCUUGUGUUACUCUUAAAGAAGCUUGACCUGCACGUCGCUACAUACGCCGUGUCCCAUCCCCCAAACCUUCCCAUGAAACCGUUCGUCAUGGGUGACGUACUACAGUCAUAUCCACCAGAUGGUUCUCUAUUCAAGAUCUUACACUCGUGCUAUCAUUUUACGGCUAAAGCCUUCCGAUAUAAGUACACCAGUCGCCGAACGAUACCACCCGAACUGCUCAUCGAACAAGGCCGACAGCUCGCCAACUUGAAACAGUGGCUAUCGCUCAACGAGAUCCCAUCUGCUUCAAACAAGGAAUCACACGAAUCGCUCAUCGUUCUCCGAUCACAAUGUCUUGCCGCUCUUGUCAACACAGCUACUAUCAUGGAGCCACAUGAAACAGCCUACGACUGCUACGGUCCGGAGUUUGAAGAAAUCAUCACAUCGAUUGAGGCCUUGUUCUUGAGCAAAAGCCUCCAAGGUGCGCCGAGACAAAAGGCUUCAGACUGUCUGCCAUGGUUCGUGCCGGAAAUGGGUAUAAUCCACCCGUUGUAUUUCACAGCAAAGAAAUACAGAAGUCCUUUCUGGCGACGGAAAGCCUUGAGCCUCAUCCUACAAAGCGGAAAAGAAGGUCCAUGGUGCGCGGAGACAGAAGGGUCCGUGGUAGCAGCCAUAAUCGGCGCCGAAGAAGGGACUUUCGAUAAGCAGUCACUCCAUUUAGGACAUACACUGGAUCGAAGUCCGGCUUGUAUAGCAGAGGAGCAAAGAUUCAGCCACGUCUGGGCAAGUGAUCCCGAAAGGGAAAAUGGAGAGUGCACGCCUUAUACGAGGAAGAGAUACACGAGAACCAUGAUGUACAGAUGUCGAGACGCAGAAGCGUAUAUGCUUCAUAGAAAGGGACAGAUCCCGAGGGGCAUUCCUUGGGUGGACCCUGAGGAUGAAAUUGAUGAUGAGUGGUGGAUAGGACGGGAAGAGGCUUUGGAGAUAAGUGUUUCACUUAGCGAUGUCAUAAGGUGA